AGCUGUUUAUGCGCAAUGUCUUUUUUCAUGGCUGCCAUUUGUUGUCAUUCAUAACUGCACUAAUAGAAGAAAUGGCAAAAGUGGAGCUGCUUAUUAAAUUAGUUAAAAAACAUAAAAUGUUGUACGAUAUGGAGGACGAGGACUACAAAAACACCAAAAAAAAGGACAAGAUAUGGAACGAAAUUGGAUUGGAGCUGGAAGAGAGUGGUGAUGAAUUAAAAAAAAAAUGGAAAAAUUUACGAGACUCCUUUUCAAAAUAUGUGAGGUCAACAAAAUGUACUACAGGGCAAGCCGCAGUACAUAAAACAUGGAUUUGGGCCAAACAAAUGGAAUAUUUUCGUCCAUUUAUUUCCUUUGCUAAAACGUCUUCGAAUGUCAGUGGCAUUGAACUAUCUGAACCAUUUUCAUUCACGGAAACUUUUCAAUGCAAAGAAGAAUCACCAGAAUCGCAUAUGGAUGACGAGAGCAAUGAUGAAUUCAACCAAUCUAUCGUAUCAAAUUCUACCGUUGAUACUGAAAAACCUGAAUUGAAGCCCUUCGAAAGAUCUACCGCACAAUCAACGUCCUCCAUGAAGGAUGAAAUUGAGUAUAACAAGAGCAAAGAUGAAUUGAACCAAUCUAUCGUAUCAAUUCCUGCCGUUGAUACUGAAAGACCUGCAUUGAAGCGCUUAAAAAGACGUACCCCACAACCAACGUUCUCCGUGAAGGAUGAAAUUGAAUAUUUGCUAACAAAGAAUAAAAAAACGCACGACGGUGUUGACAUGUUGUUUAUGGCGUAUGCCCACACCAUUAAAAAAUUCAGUCCGAGGAGACAGGCUCAAGUAAAAUUUAAAAUUGCAGAACUUAUUAUGGAAGAAGAAUUGGCGAAUAUUGAGGAAAAUUCACCCUGUUAAUAUUACCUUAAAAAGAUUGCCAAUCAUUCUUCUGUAAUGGUGAACUCUUCAUGGGAAUGCCACUUUGCAUUUAUGGGAUGUACCCAAACUCUUUUAUUCCUAAUUUAAUAAUAUAAUGCUACAAUAAGCAAUAAAAAAAGCAAUAUUUUUAAAUACUCACGCAUU